GCAUUAGAGAUUGUAAUUCAGUUUCGUUAUUCGACGCUGCUGUGCAUGCUGCUUUAUUUUAAGCCUUUUUUGUAGCGUACACGCACGCAACAGAAAACCAGAAGAAACGGAAGUGCAAGUGCGCGUGUGUAUGAUUAUUUUUGCGCCGUACGCAAAACAACAAAAUCACAGAAUCAGAAGGCAGAUAAAAAACGUUUGACAGCAAAAACAAUUUUAAGUCAGUCAGAAUGACUACGUCCACAGUUAAUCGACAACGACAUCGUUCAACAAACGCGGCAUCAACAAGCAACGAUCCGCCAUCCGACACUGAUGGCAUAGACGACGGCGCGCUGUCGGGUAGCCUUGCCAAACGUGAUUCCGAGGAGGACAGCUGGGCAUCUAAGGGCUACAAUUACAUCAAUCCGUUUGUGCAUCGCAUACAAAUUGAUAGUCACAUUGAGAUAGCCAAGAUAUAUGUUCUCACUGUACUGUUAUUGCCAAUUCGGGUAAUGGGUUGCGUUCUCUCAUUGCUUUCCGCUUGGAUGUUUGCCUGUAUUGGACUAUAUGGGAUGACAUUAGAUGACCUGAAGGCCAAACCACUCACUGGAUGGCGCAAGCACAUGCAGUAUUUGACAGCGCGAGCUAUGCGAAUGCUCUACGCCUCCGGUUCGUUUCACUAUGUCAACAUGAAGGGUAGCCCGGCAACGGCCAAGGAGGCACCCAUUUUGGUGGUUGCACCACAUUCCUCCUAUGUGGACUCCAUACUAGUCGUUGCUUCGGGACCACCCUCGAUUGUAGCCAAACGUGAGACGGCUGACAUACCUCUGCUGGGACGAAUCAUUAACUAUGCUCAGCCCAUCUAUGUACAGCGUGAAGAUCCGAAUUCACGCCAGAACACCAUUCGUGAGAUUGUGGAGCGUGCCCGUUCCCCGGAAAAUUGGCCACAGGUGGUGAUCUUUGCCGAGGGUACCUGCACCAAUCGCAGUGCUCUCAUCAAGUUUAAGCCUGGAGCUUUCUACCCUGGUGUACCUGUGCAGCCAGUGCUGCUCAAAUAUCCGAAUAAAUUUGACACUUUUACGUGGACUUGGGACGGGCCUGGCGUUCUUCGCUUGCUCUGGUUGACCAUGACACAGUUUUAUAAUCGGUGCGAAAUUGAAUAUCUACCCGUCUAUACGCCCUCGCCGGCUGAAAUAGCCGAUGCAAACUUGUAUGCCAAUAAUGUGCGCGAUGUUAUGGCCAGAGCACUCGGCGUACCCACAUCCGACUAUUCCUUCGAGGAUGUCAUUAUUAUGAGUAGGGCCCGUGAUAUGAAAGUUCCCUUCCCCGGUGAUAUUGUGGAAAUUGAACGUACGCUCGAUCAUUUGGGCAUGCUUGAGUCGAAUCGUGAUGCUGAGCUAUGCAAUGAAUUUUUAGCACUAUCAAACACUGAGAAACUGGAUAUCAUUACAUUCGCUGAAUUACUGCAGAUUGAUCUCAAGAGUCCGCACCUUCACAAAUUGUUCUCCUUAUUGGAUCACAGGCGUACGGGCACAGUGAGUCUCAAGAGUUUUCUGGUCUGCUCACUCUUUUGUAAAUUGAAAAACAGCUGUAUUUUAGCAUUCUUGCGUGCGCUUGUUCUGAUAUAUUGUGAAUCAGAGGAGUGCAUUGAUCGUGCUAGUUUUGUCAAGCUGAUGCGUCAUGCCGGCGGAAAACUUACCGAGCAGAAGGCUCAAUCGCUCUUUUAUGCUAUAGACACUUCCAAUUUGGGUUACAUUUCGUUUGAGAGUUUUGUUCAAUAUACACAAGAAAAGCCAGCCUACAAAUCUCUGUACCACAAAGCGGAGCAUAUUAGGCGGCCAAAACAAUCGGCCAGCGCUACAUCCACAACUACCGAAACAACCUUGGCGUCGUCCAACUAAGGAAGACCGACAAAGGCAUUCAACUUGGAUACCCCGACAAUUCGAUCCUGCGCCAAAACUUAGCUGGCCUUUAAGUUAAUUUUAAGCAGAAAGUUGAAGAAAUAUGAAAAACUGUAUAACUGUGUAUUUUUAAUAUUUAUUUAUGUGUAUGUGCGUAGAUUGACGAGUUUUUUUUUGCACCAUUAAUGUAACUAUUUUAUUAUAUUACUUAAACUCA